UGUGUUGAAUGACCUAAACCUGUAUAUCGAGAGCAAAGAGUGAAUGAUAGACAGAUCUGUUGUAAGCAUUUUGUAUGGGAUUUACACAACAAUUGCAAAGAGUUUUGUAUAAAAGUAUUACACAUAGAGUCCACGUCUCCAGAAGUCUACACACAAACCAUUGUCUCAAUCACGUCAAGAGAUCCAUAGAUUGGGCCAAAAACAAGUCACAGAAGUAUCGCAUACUUUACGUCCGCAAAGUUAUGGCACAAACAGACGCAGAAGUGGCCGCUAUUCUGGAACCGCUCAGGAUAUCUGUCAAACAACAGGGUGAUAUCGUGCGGUCAUUGAAAGAGACAGCGGCUCCGGAUGUGGACAUAAAAAAGGCGGUCAAUGAGUUGAAGGCCCGGAAGAAAGUUCUGGAAGACAAGGAGCUAUCGCUGGCGCCAAAAGACGUCGGUUUUGACAGAGCGGUGUUGGAAGAG